AUGGCCACAUCCACAGGUGUGCGCCCCAAUCACCAAAAAGAUGUCAUUGUGGUACUGUGCGAGGCACUGCGCGAGGCGUUUCUCGAAGACCGUGUGCAACGCCUACUGGUUAGCGGUAUGGUGCUUAACUCUGAUAGUCUCUGGGCGUCGGCUCCCCGGAUUGUCCCCAAGAAGAAUACGCUUCUGUGGCCGAUGCCCGACUUAGAGUCUGAUAUAAGCGCAGUGGAAAACAGCGAAUACUAUUUUGACGCUGAUGUGAUUCGUUGUUUCGGUCAGCUCCCGCGUCUCGAAAAUUCGCAAGAUCUACAUAAUUAUCACGAAGUUGGGUAUGUUGAUGCCGACGAGGGUGCCCAUGGGGGCGAGCGACUUAGUGGCAUUCUGCCUGCAAACUAUGAAGGAGAUCAUGGGCCCAAUAUUGUACAAGAGGUUUUAGUGUGGCUCGACGACGUGCUUGAAUUUGCCGAGACACCCGAAGAUCUCAUCAACGUGCUAGAGGCAAUUAUCAAUCACUGUGAACAAUAG